UUUUUGUCUGGGCUCUAGAAUAAGUCUAGGCAAGUAUGUGAGAUGAUUUAAUCACCUGAUGUUAUGUUGGCAAUAUUUCCAACAGAGAGAAAAUUGAUUUUGAACAGAGAAGUCCAGGAAAUAAUUACAAGAUGCAAUAUGUUUGAUUUGGAUUGCAUUCAAGAUAACAAUAACAAGGAGGUUGUGAUGUCUCACAAGAGACUGAUGAAGCAGUGCAAUGCACUGGAACUGCAGGUUGGUUCCAAAGAUGAGGUUAGUGUUUGUGUAACCAUGGCAACCUCCAUUGUUGGCAUGACAUCAGUGACACCUAGUGAUAGUCACAAUGAGCAGCUGUAUUUGCCAUCUGCUAACCUCCUUUGUGUACUCAGAGAAAGUGGAGCACAGGGUGAUAUAUUCACCAAAGCAGAGAUGGCAUACUUUAUCAAAGAGUACAUUUAUAGCAAAGAAUUGCUUAGCAACCAGAACAAGAUGGUGGUCCAUUGCGAUAAUGAUGCUCUCGAAAAAGUCUUCAGUGUGAAAACAUUUCCAAAAGACAAUAUAUUGCAAAUGCUUGAGAAGGUGAUAACCCCUAUUACCAAUGCCCAGGUGAAAGGUUCCAUUCACAAGCCCAGUAUACAGCAGCAGCACAGGCAGGCCAAGUUUGCAGCCCAGCAGAAAUUCUGGGUUCAGAAACAGGGCAAUAGGUCAAAAGUUGACAGUGAAAGUUUGACAGCUGAAGAUCUUGUGACAGAGGAUCAUCUUGUGUUGAUUAUAGAAGAGACUGCAGAGACACCUGGUGGUGACCUCCAGAAUACUGGCAGGAAAAGGCGAGCAGAGAAGUCAUCAAGUGAGUCUACCAAUGACAGUAGAGCAGGUAGGAAACGUAGGUCCCCAUCAAUCAGCAUUGUAUAUAGUGACUUUGAGAUACCCCUGGAACUAUCACAGAUCUCAGAUGAGAGUGAGGCUCUAAGUAUACAAAGUAAAGAGACAGUUUGGGUGAAGGACUCCUCUGACGACGCCUGGUUCUUGGACGAUAAUGACGAUGACAGUUUCUCAAUGGAGUAUGAGCCAGACUCGGAGCAGAGUGACCCUUACAGCGAUACCGACUCAAGCUCGGGAGAUUCAACCUCUGAGGACAUAGUUCUCUACUACAAAGAUGAAAGUGAUGUCGGCUUCUUGGCAGACUUCAGUUCUAGCGAGUCAGAUUCUGAUGAUAUUUCUGACCUUGAAAUCUCCCCAGAGGAUAACUGGGCAUGCUCAGAGUGUGACUACCUUAACGCUCCAUUCAGUAGAUACUGCGACAGAUGCUGGGAGACCCGUCCUGGCUGGGUCCCAGAGACCAGUGUCAGGUCACCACGGUUGUCACGGUCACCAAGACGCAAGACUUAUCGCCAACUAAGACGAUCUCUCUCUGCUCCCGUUCAUUCUCCUACAACCAAUAGUGAAUCAGAUCGAGAAUCUAUUCCCAGUAGGGCACCACUAGUGAAACGUAACUCAAAACGAGUUCCAGAAAGUAGUCAUAGUCGUACAUUUGUUGGCACUUCUAACAGUGCAAGACAUGAUAUGAAAACUGCAGUAGAUAGCUCCCUCCAUUCUGCAAAUAAUGCAUCAACAGUAACAUCAGUGAUAACUCCAGAGCAGGAUGACCUUGACCUCAUUGCACCAAUGAGAAUGUUUACAAGAAUGACGUCAAAGGCAGACUCUGGGUACAGUGAACCCCCUUCUAGUCAAGAACCUCAUAACAGUCAAACUGGAUCUGCUUUUAGUCAACAAAAUCUUAGUCAACAAAACUAUGAUGAUAACUCUGGUAAAGUUGACAGUAUUUUUGACUCCAGCUUAAACUCUAAUCAUUCAAUGAUUCUUUCCACAAAAGAGCUUGGAUUUGUUGAUAUAGGUUAUGAUGAGCCUGAUGGUUUUAAUGACCCUCCUGUGUCUACUCACUCUAACCCUCUCCCUGGGGGUCCUUCUGUGUCCAACUCUAUCCCUCUUUCUGAUGGUCUUAAUAAUCCUCCUAUGUCAACUCAGUCUAACCCCCUCCCUCCAGCAAUGGAACAUCAUACACUAAGCACAACGGCAUCUAUUGAAGGAUUGCCACAUCCCCCUGUCUUAGCACAAACGGCCCAUGUACCAUCACUUGGUAUCAAAACAGCCAAUGUAGUGUCAGACACCACCAUUACAACAGCAGCAGGUGGCAAAACCUCUGUUGGAAGACCCCCAACCAUGAACCUAGUACCAACAAGUAAGGUUGAUCCUCUAUCACUCAGUAGACCCCUCUCUGCUGUAAUUCCCCCUAAAAAUGCAACAACACUUACUCGAACACUCAUGGAUCCUUUGCCUUCUGCUGCCAUUCAUGAACCACCACAACAAAGUCAUGACCCACCCCAGCUCAAGAGACAGCAUCAUGAAAAUUGGGCGAGAUCAAGACACAAACAUAAACGUAACAGAUCAAGUCCUUUUCCUAUGUAUGUUCACUACCCUAGGGACUCAGAUAGUGAUAAAAGUCAGGAUAAACCUGCAGAACAACUUGGGGGGUCAAAACAGAAUGAAGAGGGUGGUGCAUGUAGUGGUCCUGGACCUCCUAAACCCACAACAUCACGACAGGAGGGGGAACUACAACCACCCUCUGGAAGCAACCGGUCCUCAUUUGUUGAUGUCUGUGCCAUAUGUCUCACGAAACCUAAAGACGCUAGUAUUAUCCAUGGCAAGACUGGGCACCAAGUGUGCUGUUAUAAAUGUGCUAAGAAGCUUCUAAAGCGUAGAAAGCCAUGUCCUGUAUGUAGAAGACCAAUUGAGAAUGUCAUUAAGAAUUUCCUGGCUUGAUGCCAUUGUACAAUGUACUAUACUCUUGUACCAGAUCUCAAUCAAAUAAUUAAAGGAUGGGUAAAUCUUGUAAUUUCAUGUAGUUAGGGACUAGGCCUAUUCAUCGAUUUCAGAUAUCAGUGUCAGUCUCUGCAGAGAAGAUUUUAAAGACCCAUAUGAAGUUUAAACCCCUUUUUGCUUGAAGUCAUACCCAAUAUUAUCAUAAUGUGAUAUGUGAACCUUUUUUUUUAUUUAAGAUUGUGAUUGUUCUCACAAUUACAAUCUUAGCAUAGGAUUUGAUCUUACAACAUCAACAAUGUCAAGCAAUGGUAGAUGUAACAUUAUGCUACUCUGGAUGGGCUAGUAGGGUGACCUGUUAAAUCAUAAAUCAUAAGGCAGACUCCUUUGAAAAUCCUUCCAAUUUGUUUUCAAUCCAAACAGAACAUUGCAGAACUGUUUUGCAAACAUUGACACAUCAAUUUGAAUGACAGCCUUUAUAUACAGAAUGGAUAGGGAUGAACCAUGUUUGAUAACAAUUUGGCAAUUUAAUACUACAAAAUAGUUGUUUCACAACUAAAUGUUAUGAAACAAACGGCAACAAUUUUUCCUACAUGUUCUUUUAAAUCAUAUAAAGCCAUUUUCAAUGUUUUUUCACCACUCUGACUUCCUACCUCAAACAUCGAAAAACUUUGCACGUUUUACAAGAUUAAUAUGAUUUACAGUCUACCCUUAGUAAGGCAUGAACAUAGAUCUGUAGAUAAAAUCUGUCAGUCAAAUUGAUGUAUGGAUGUUCCCAAAACAUUUCUGCUAUGUUCU